CCAAGACGCCACUGCCCUGUCCCUGCUGCACCAUUGGUACCUUACCAACCUUACCUCAGUAGUCGACACCCUAGCGUAGCCAAGGUAGUUCGCACAGCGCUGUCUGUGCUGCGCUGUGCGCUGGGCUGCGUAUCCCGUACCUAAGCCAAGGUAGCGGUGCCCUGCACGUACUUUCGUACCCCAAACCAAACCAAACCAAACCAAACCAAAGGUGUCUCGGUCGUCUCCUCUUGCUCUUUCAUUCCCCCGUCGCCUGGCUUCGUACUUCAACCACCCCCAACUCCCGGCACCCGCCCCUACAGUCGACUCCCCGACCGACGCCAGCAUCGUCAACAUCGUCGUCGCCGUCGUCAUCGCCCCCCUUCCGAGGACGAAUCGAUCGCACGACGGGGCGGCCGGCGAACCUCCCCUCUCUCCCCCCUCCCUCGCCCGUCCCCCAGCAGCCCGCGCUCCCAGAAUUCGCCCGACGCUGCUUCCUCGACUGGUGACGACGGGCGGCGGCAGAGAGGCGCUUCGUCGCCACCAUGCAGCGCGUCUCUGCUUUCCUCCCGUCCUGGGACAAGAGGAACUCGGGCGCGAAGCCGGGCAGCCUCUUCGCCUGGGGCAAUCGACACAGCGCCUCGGGGCCCUCCAAGCCCCCGAGCAUCAACGUCGCCGUCGCCAAUGGCGACGGCCGCGUCCAGCGCGAGGCCUUCUGGCCUGCCACCCUCGACCUCGAAUGCGACAAGGCUGCCCGUAUCCUCAAGUCGUUUUGCACCGAUGGAUACUCGGCGCCUGCAGACGGAGAAGCGGAACCCCCGACGUCAUCCGCCGACGCGACCGCGGCGCCCGAGUUUAUUACCAAAAAGAUUCCCAAGCGAAUAAUACAAAACGCCGCCGGAAUUGCCGUCUUCACCUGCAUGCGCAGCGGCUUGUGGAUGACGGGCUCCGGCGGCUCCGGCAUCCUCAUUGCCAGAAAGUCGGACGGCACCUGGUCGCCUCCCUCGGGUAUCCUGCUUCAUACGCCCACUCUCAGCUUCAUCAUUGGCGUCGACAUCUACGAUUGCGUUCUUGUCAUCAACAAUCUCGCCGCUCUCGAGUCCAUCACCCGCCCACGCGUCACCCUCGGCGAGGAUGUCGGGCUCACCAACGGUCCCUCGGUCACCCUCGACUCUGACGAGGCCCAUAUCAAAUGGAAGGAACUCGGAAACACCGUCCUGGCCUACAUGAAGGCGCGCGGCAAGCACCAGGCCGUCAACCUUAACGGCUGUAUUCUUACAGAGCGCACCAAUGAAAACGAGCGCUUCUACGGCAGCACCGUCACGCAGAUGGACGUUCUCGCGGGCAACGUCUCUCGUCACGUGGACGAGACGAAGCCUCUCUCCGAGGUCAUCAAGAUGGCCGAGGGCAGGACAGACUUUGAGGCGGCUGUCAUAGAAAAGAUGGCCGUCCAGCCUGCGCCCGGCGACGCCGUCAUCGCCACCCCCGGUUCCACCCCGGCAUCGCCGCGCGGAGCGUUUGGCGUGCCUAGGGCUGACGACCCUGACCCGUUUGGCGUGCUCGCCCUCGAGAUGGCCGGCCUGGAGAUUCGAGAGGCCGGAAGUCGCUUACGGCCCUCUAGCAGUCAGUUUGAGUACAGCCCGACGCCACUGAGCCCCUCAAUGUCCAAAUUUAGUCGGCAAAGCGUUGAAACCUUCACCACCCGAAGCAAUCGGGCCAGCGGAAUGUCCUCCCGGACUGUCAAAAGUCAAGUCACGGACGCCCACACGCAGACCGAUGUCGCAAACACCCCCGACACGACGCCGAGCCCCGGCCAGAGCGACGACGGUAACGUGCGGGCUUCGAUUGAUCGCAUCCCAGCAGUCAAGGAGCACGAGGAGGUCGAUUAUACCAGAGUCGAUCUCGCGCCCCUGCGCCAUCUCAGUCAGGAACACUCCAUUGGCGCCGUUCUGGCGGCCGGCACGGCUGCCACAAAGUCGCGGGACAGCACUAGCGUCGCCCCGUCUCCGCCCGCCGCCGAGCCCUCGGAGGAGAAGGCGGCCAAGCCAUCCACUUUCAAUGAAGACGAGCAAAAGCCCGAGGAGGAGAUGAACGACGCAGACGAUGAAGACGACCUGGACGAAGAUGAGGAGCCGGUCGUGUUUGAGGUGGCGGCGGUACAGCCCACGCGGACCCAAGCCAUCGCUUCGCGGGUCAUCCACGCCAAGGGCAACGUGGUGACCAUCCCGAAGCGCGUGCCCCCGCCAUUGCCCAUGCGCAGCGCCCUCCGGAGCUCUCGAUCGAGCAAGAGCGACAUGGGUGGCGACGUUUCCAGCGUCAAGAGCCCUCUGCGGCAGGCUUUUAGCGAGACGGAUUUGCAUGCUGAGGAGGACGCGGAGCAAGGCGCGCCCGAAGUGGCGAGCAUCGGCAAGACGAUGAGCGAAGACGGGCAUGGCGAGACAACGCUCAAGGGCACACAGUCCCUACCCGUUAUCGAGGUUCAGACCGAAACGUCGGCGUCCUCAUUGCCCACCGGGGAUGACACCGUGACGGAGGACACUCAGACGCAGAAAACCCCGACUCUGGAAUCAGCGCCUAGAACCUUGGGUUCGGAGAAGACGUCGCCCCAGAUGAAGGUGUCGGCAGAAGCCGAAUCUACGACUCACGAGAGCAGCGAUGCAGAAUUUACCGAUGCGAUUGAGGCGACAAACGGAAUCGAUGAAGCCGAAGGCCAAAUCGAUCAGGUUGACAAUUCGGAUUCGACUACACACAAGAAGCACACGUCCUCGGUCUACACAGGCGUGACAGAAGACCGCUGGAGCAACGAUGGGUCGUCGCUGACAACACCGACGUCAGAGCGGCCGCGCUCGCUGGUGGAGGAUGAGGCGCUCGAAGAAAAGACGCCAAAGAAAUCGGGCCUAGAGACGGACACAGACCUGCCCAACGAGAAACAUGGGCAUGAUACCGAGCGCGAGGUGCCAGUCGCAAAGAGCGCGACAGCCGCGUGAAGGCGCGGCCACGACAUUGACGACGAUACAUUAGCUACCGCACGGCCAGGCAGGCUUGCUUAGCCGGCGUAUGACUUUUUCAUUUUCUACGUGACGAUAUCAGUUCCUAAUUGGGUUGCGGAUCUCGGGGAAAUGGUUACAUUCAUGUUGACAUAUGUAGGUUUGGCGCUGUACAUUACGGGAGGAGGGGCGGCCUCCUCCACUUGAGUAUUGUGGAACGCCUCGGCAAGGGCAUUAGGCGUUUGGAAACCCCGGGAGCUUUCCCGCUUUUGACCGUUUUGCGUUGGUGGCCUGCGAGCUGCGUUAAUGGAGUCGGCGGUACUGGGUGCCUCUGAGAGGCGGUGGCGGCGGCGGCGGCGUCAAGCAGGCCUCGGAUGUUAUUUUUGCGAUUUCAGCGGACAGACACUAUUACGAAGAGGAAAGGCGAUUCACAGGCCGGAUCGACGGGCACGCAUGGAGCAUUUGGGACUGCCGCUGUCGGGGCGGAGAAGGGACGGAUGAUGGCAGGUCGUGGGUUUAGGACCAUAUUAGACGGCCGCACCGGAGUUUCCAAGUUGCAUAUACUUAUCGAUGCAUCUAUCCACUGUUGAAUACAAUGGAUG